AUGAGCUGGAAGAUCGGAUUCGAGUUCAGGUAAGAUCCCAACCCUGAUCAUUUAUCAGUGCUCUUUCUCUCUCUCUCUCUCUCUCUCUCUCUCUCUUUCUCUUUCUCUUUUCUUUACGAGCUGAUAACCUAAUAGCAUUUAUGUUCGAAGUCGCCCGAUAAGUGACCGUCCGCUGUUAUCACACUUUCCCCUGGCGCCCCCCAACUAUGACUUCUAACUUGCACGAAAAUCGAAAUAUACUGCACUACUCCUUCUUUAUUCGCGAACUUUCUUUGAAGUUCCCGAUAGAAAUCAAGCAAGAGAGAGUCAACAAAGUCAGCGGACCUCAGAGAACAAUCAGGUAUCGUUUCCCGACGGUUUCCACAGCGGGAGGGCACCACGAAACAAACCUGUUAUUUUUCGCCACCUCUUCAAAAUUGACAGUAUGAACUGUUAUUGAUAAGUGUCUCGCAUAUCUGCCCAUUUCGUAUAUCCUUUUCAUAAAUCAACACACGGAAGACAGAAUGGGAGAGAAUCUUUGAAUCUUUGAUCAACGAGAUCAAGUAACUGAGUUGUUUUGACAAGAGAAGAAAGUGUUGAUGAUGAUGAAUUUGAUAAUAAUUGAUACGGAACUUGAUUUGAUUCCGAGUACUACACAGACACACACGUGUCGCGGACGAACGGCUUGCACGAAGUGGAACGACCAUCUUUGUUUUCUAUUUUGUUUUCGGCAUGUAUGUCGAACUCAUAUUUAGCUGACUAUAUUUGGAAAAGAGAAAAACUUCGCCUCCUAAAUAAGACAUUUUUAUUUUUUCACAUAAUUUUUUAUAAUUCGUCAUAGCUAUGUAGUUGUCCCGGAUUUUGCCAAGUAUGGUUUUCGGGCUGUCUGAAUUAGUAGUAGUUCUGAAGGAAAGCGACAAAAAGUGACGCAACAUCUUCUCACCCCCACUUUUUCGUUAUUUUCUGUAGUCACGUGUUGUCUAUUAAAUGAUUUGUUUGUCUCGGAAACCUCGUAGCAGGCAGGAAAAGGGGAGAUGUUAUCAGUAUCAGUCGAUCGGAAAUCGAAAUUAUUUUCAUUCUUACUCGGGCCGUUUUCAUAGUGAACUUGCACAGUUUUUUUAGACUUUGGUACAAAACUUUAGAUCGACAAAAGUCUAGGAAGGGAUUCAGAAUUUUCACCAACAGUUUAUAGUAGAAAGUCUUCAGAUUCAGUUGACGGUCUAAAAAUAUUGUAUAGUUCAUUUUCUGAAUACUGUAAAUCAGCGAUGGCUCGGCUUAUAUAACUAUUUGUUACUUUACAAUAUUCUAAUCUCCAGUCCAAAUCUCGUCCCUUAGAACUUUUUCCGAAAUCGUGACCAAUCUGACCCAAAAGUUUUGGGGUUUUUGCAAACGGCUGCCGUGCGCGCCACCCUAAAAUACCGACUCAGCAAACGUGUUCAGUCAGUGCUGCCCCUUCCUAUUCUUCUGAUAACAAUUGUCAAUAUUUACCAGGUAAACCUUGCCUAGUACAUCAAAAUAAAAGAGGUGUACGUGCCCGUCUAGUGGGUUUCAUGCAGUUUUUCGAAAAAUUCCAUUUCAUUUUAUGACAUUCGGCGUGUCGAUACUGACACUGAACCUAUUCGGUCGUUAGUCCCGGAUCCGGAAAUUGUUGAAAACAUGAAAAAUGGUUGGGUGAUUAAUAUGUUUGUUAUCCACCUUCACCUUUGCUGCCAGCCCUACACAAUGUAAUGAUUCUUCGUGAGAAACGUGCACAUUUUUGUCUGUCUCUCUGGAACCUCCAUGAUGGAUUUAGUCUGAUUGUUAUUUGUGGUGCAAAACAAUUUUUUGUCUUUGUCUUUGCAGAAGAGAUGAGUUGAAACUCUGGCAGAGAAUCAUAGAAUCAAAAACCACCUCGGGCAGCAAGAUGAACACUUUGAGAUUGGGAAAACUGACAAUAGGGGGAGUCCCUUUUGGUUCGUAGGCCCGACAAACAAUCGCGUGAUGCAUCCUCCACUAUUCUGUCAUUAUCAUACAUGCUACUUCAAAGAACACGCCAACUUUUGUGGGCUGCACAUGUUGUCAUCAUGUGAAUUCGUAUUUGUCGUCGGUGCAACAGAGUGCUACCUCGUGAAAUUUUGUUGCAAUCUCGCCUAAAAACAGCACACUUAAUUCACUAUUUUCUCUCUUAUCACUGGUCCCUCCCUUCAGCAGCUAACGCCUUGAAAACAUAUCAGGCUGAUGCAAGUUUAGUCGAUUUGCACUCACAAAAAGCUCAAAGAACUCUGUGAGGAUAGGCGAUGAGCCCCGCUUGGUUCCACGUGAAACACGUGAAGCUUCUGCAAACUUUGGUGUCAUGUGUGUUUGGAACUUUCUUCCAGUGAUGCAACCAACUAGAUCCUGCUGAUGAGAACCGAGUUUAACCUUUAAGGGGAACGUAAACAAUAUACUGUAGUUUUGCGCACGUAUUUGAUUUUUACUUUUUCAGGUCCUACGUGAAAUAAAAGAAAGAAAGUCUAGCGUGUGCGGUCAUCAUGUAAAAAAUCAUACAUCAAUUAUUAUUAAUAGUAUUAUCAACCAAAGUGUGAAUCCUGUUACUUGUUUUGUCCUUCUUAAAGGGUUACUGUAGAUUGCCCUUGUCUUUCCACUAGGAGCAGAACAACUUACGGUGAGGGGGAGGAGGGAGAAUUUCCACGCUACCGUAACCCAAUUAUAUCCCACCAACCACAACAUUUGACCUUAACCCAACCUCCUCGAUCCUCUUUUCUUAAAAUAAUGACAAAACAGUUGGCUGUAACUGAUUUCUGUGAUAACCUUUGGUGUCAAAGUGAAAACACAUUCCAACCCGGCAAAACAACCUUUCAAAUGUGUUCUGAACUCUUUUGUCCAUUGUUCAACGAGCGCUGACUGUCAGAAACGAACUUUCAUUCCUUCGAUCUCACCCCAAGUAUGUAUAGUAUACUUAUCAACCGUCUGAUCAAGAAGGAUACUAUCAUCCUGUCUGUUAGUUCUUCUCUUCUCCUACUUUCUUGAACUCUAUCCCAAACGCUUUAAAAAAGAGUAGAGAAGAAGAAGAAGCCCGAGCAGAAAUUCGAGACCUUCAAAAACAAGGCGCUCGGGGCUCCAACCGCAAAAAAAUGUGGCAAAAAGAACAAUUUUACACCUAUUUUCUUUCAGAAUCCGUUUAACCUUCAAGAAUGAUCAAAGAUUGAACUUUUGUUGCCCCCAGAGUCAUUAUCAAAAAUUUGGUCUGAGACUUGUGUUUUUCCACGUCUGCAACAUUCAUUCGGCGUUUGGGUAUGGUCAAUAAAUGUUUAUUGCAAACUGUUGAAAUUUGGUCUGAGACUUGUGUUUUUCCACGUCUGCAACAUUCAUUCUGUCGCGCAAUGAUUUAUUCAACGUGACACGGACAAAUUGCGAAGCCAAAACCACGCUGCCGGUUUUUGAUUCUUUUGUGUCCUACCGUAAUCGGAUCGUUUCAAAAACAACAGUUUACAUUACAUUAUACAUUACACCUCUGUCAAAAGCAGACGGUCCCCACAGAGACGUGCGUAUUCAAUCUAUCUCCGCCACACAGUGUUGCAUAUCUACAACACUGGUGGUGGCCGGCAGGGAGGGGGGGAGAAAGAUUCACGUGCAACAGUUGUAGGUUCAUGUUCGGCGUUGGGGGAGACCCUGCAAAAAGUUCACGUGUGUCGUCGUCUCGACAUGAGGAGGUGGGGUCGUUCGAUGAUAGCAAGAUUAGUGGGAGGAGCCACUCGCCACCUCCCGCAACACACUCUCCUCUCUUUUCCCCCCUUCUCCUGGAGGCCUGAGCCGUUUUCUACUUUGAUUUUGUUGUUGUGGUUUAAUCUUAAUAUGAUCGCAAAGUGUGUUUUCAGGUUGCAUCAGAAAUCAGAACUAAAAUGUUUGGUUGGGUUUGGGCUACUGUAACUUGUUAUGUCUUUCUGAUUCUGAUUCUGACUCAGUCUUAGUACGUUUUUUUUUACUAGUAUAGCUCUGUCAUCUGACGAAAUGUAGAAAAACAUGAAGUACUUGAAAACAGAUUCGUGCCGCUUCGUAAAUACUCUUAUCUUAUUGAGUUUUGGGGGAUAUCCAAUGAACUAAACAAAUGUCUAUAAUAUCUUCUGAGCUUAACAUUCAAAGUUCGCUGUAUUACUGCUACCGUACACCGUUUCUCGAUUCGAGAGCACUAUGAUUUUCGAAUGUACCAAAUUUUCAUAAAACACCGUAGCUCAAGGCAAAAUCCAACAGAUUUCAGUUUUUUUGUUCAGAAAGCUUCACAUCCUUCUCAAAUUUCUUCUAACAGUUUUCCUCCCAAUCGUUCAAACCUCACACCUCAAUCUUUUCUCCUCAUUUUUCAAAAGUGCCACUGACAGCCCGGAGAUUGGAUUCAUCGCAGAACUCCCUUGAGAAAAAGUGACCAUUCUUUGCUCUUCCACUGUUUGUGAGUGUGUGUGUGUGUGAAGUGUUCGGAGUUUGCAAACUUGCUCAUUCGAAAAAAUUUUCUUGACAAGUGGCAAAGGCUUGGGAUUUCGGGCGCACCCUCACGCCCAGCAGGUACUUAUUUGCGAUUUUUGAAACGGUCGAGUGAGAAUUUUUCCUCAUUGGCUAAUCUUCUUCACUUUAUCCCAACCCUCUUUAGUCCACACUCAUCCUUUGCAUAAUCAUAAUCAUAAUCCCAUUACUGCUUAAGAGUGCUGGGUGCUGUAAGUGAUCAAUUGAUCAGAACCGAGAAUAUGAAGAGUCUGCUGGGCGGGCCGGCAGAGCGAGGGAAAGAGAGAGAGAGAGAGACGUCAGAGGCGCAGACGCAGAUAGUUUUGGGGGUCCGUUGCGCACUCUGCGCGUUCUUUCAUCAUCUCCCAACUCUUCUUAUCCUCUCUAUUUGCACGCGUAUUUGCAUAAAAAGUUACACUUUCGCUCUUUUUUUUAAACAAACGCUCUGCCUAUAUUUCUGCCCGUCUUAUUUCGUCGUCUGAUAUAGAUAGAUAAAGUUUCCGCGAAAGCGGAAGCACGUGCGACUGAUAGAUGGGCCUAGUCGUUCGCCUUUCAACCCUUUGCCAAGUCACGUACACCCAUUGAGGGAGGUCUUAGCGCCGCAUCUUUUCUCAAAUCUUUUCUCCAUUUUCGUUGUCCGCAUAUAUCGAAACAUAUGACUGAUAGUUUUGCGAUUAAAGUUUCUUCUGAACGUUUUGCAUCGAUUUUCCAUUUCUUGAUUCUGCUUUACGAUUCCUUCAAAAAAUGAAUCGAAAUUGACUUUGUACGACACUCCAACUUGUCCGCUGAAUUUCUGCCCUGUUAUCGACUGCUUAUCAUCCCGCUCUCUCGAAAAUGAAAAUAGUUUGCAAUUUAGACGUCGUCGACUUUCAUUCUGAUCGAAUUAAUCGGAUGAUCCUUCAAAAAACGCCGCGAUAAUUUUUGAUUUCUCUGACCCUAAGUGCAUUCUUUCGUAGGAACAGUUGUCGACAAAGGCGUGCAUGUCACUUCCAGACUCUGUCCAGUCAGCGAACUGACAAGAAAAGAAGAAGAAAGGAUAAAGCCACUCGCUUCCCGUCUCGAAAACUGAAUGCCGGGCCCACAACCAGUGGGGCCAGAAGUAGAGAGAUAGAGCGAGAAAAUGAGCGCGCGUGUGUGUACGUGAGCUUGUCGAAGGCGAAAAAGAAGAAGAAGAAGAAGAAGAAAAAGAGGAAGAAGAGCCCAAUGGGCUUGGUUAGGCCCCCUCCCGCCCGUCCGCCCGCCCGCUUGCUUGUCUAUCGCGCCUCCAACAGAUUGAUUUAGAACUCGCCUCUCCCUGUUUGAUAAGUCCUUCUAGGUCCCUCCUCCUCUAGGCCUAGACAAAACUUUUUUACGAGAGGUCCUCUCCUCAUUUCGUUUGUGCUCUGCGCUCCGUAAUGGGCUUCUCGUUGUCGAUGCUCAUCGAUAAUUAUGGCGAUUUUGAAGAAGCGUUCCGGGAACUCGUAUUCCGUAUGACUAGGUUGGUUUGCAGUGAUCCCCCCUGCCAGUUUGUUGUUGUGCCAUCUCGACUCUUUGCCACUCGCUUUUUUCUCUAUCCAAAAAUUGAACAGACGCAGACUUGAGAGCAGCUCAACGCUUUUAUGUCAUUUUUUGUUUCCAAUCCUCAUCAUCUCAUAUUCGAAUCAAACUAUUUAUGCUUGCAGGACGCCGAUGGAAAUGGGGCGUGAACGCGAAUGGGAGACCUGCGCCGCACACUCAGCUCCAGCCUCAUUCUCGGUCCUCUCUUCGUCAUCCGGAUGUCGUCGAGCCGCCAGUUUCCCCUUCUUCGGCGACACAUCGAUACAAGCAUCGAGUUUGAAGGUUAGUUCCUUUUUUAUGCUCUCAUGCACUUCACUUCUGUUUGGCGACGUGCAAAACGCGCGGUUAGAGGGGAAAGCGGAGAGCUGUGGGCGCACGCAUCAAGAAUAGAAGACAGUUGGAUAUUCAGGGAGACGCAGCGGUCCGCGCGCCCGCCUCAGGGUGUGUGUCGGCUUCUGAGGAGAGUGAGAGAACUCGGCGCCCUUUUUUUUUGCAAAUCAAAAUUCAAAAGAUCAACAUUCUAGAAGAUGCUAGAUACGGCAAGAAAAGGGAGGCCUCCGCUCGUUUACAAAUUUGUUUGCGUCUCGUCUCGGUUCUAUAAAGAAGCGCGCUUGCCCUUCGUGGCGCCGUCAUUCUGAUUGGAGACGGGACCGGGGGUUACUGUAGCUUUUAUCAACCGAUGCACUUGCCCCAGUCCAAAUGAAGAGAGAAGACACGGAAAGACAAAUAAGUUUUGCAACAAACACCCUCUCUCUCCCAUUAACAGGAUUCUGUCUCUAUCUUCAGACACCAUUGCACACUUUUGUCACGGUGUUUUGUGUAUUCCUCGCGUUCCGUUCAACAUCAAAACUGUCCAGUUUCAGGUUCGCUCGCAAAGCGAGUCAGAAGGCUUGAACAAAAUUCGAUUGGCACAGGUGAACGUGGAAGCGGUGCGCCAGCGCCUCUGCAAGACGACCAUCAACGAGAAAGGUAUGUACAUAUGUGUUCCCGCGCGGAUAAUUCGAUUAAUGUUUGGCGGUCUCAUUUCUGCAAACGACCGUCUCAUUCGCCCUUUUUUUGUCCCGUCGGUUGUCUGAAUGUUCAAGUUCUCAUUGGACUUUACGGGCUAUUUUUAGUGUCCACUCGUAAAUUGGGUUUCAUUGCAGGUUAUAGGGAUUCUUUUCGUUCCACAUUCUUUCCAAGCUGAGAUAAAAUGAAAUGAGGGUGUAGGGGGUGUAGGAGUACGGUAGCCUGCCAUUGACAAACUAGAUUGUAGUCUAAAAGAAGUAAAGUGAGCGGGGUGCUUUCUUAGGAAGAUCUUACACAGCUCAGAACUCCGAUCCAGGGUUUCGAACAAAUUUUCGUUUAGUAUCCAUUCAAAAGUCACUUACUAAUAAAACAAAAUCCAACUUUUCCUUCCUCUCUGAGAUAUUUUCGAAAUGAUUCAAUUUUUUCAGACGAAGGAAGCGACUGCCAGUCGCACAGUUCCUCGAGCAGCGAAUGCGACGGCGAUGAUUCGGACCUCUUCUGCGCCGGUCCGUUGGAGCUCAAAGAGGAGGAGAAGUGUCGCAAAUCGGUCAGAUUUGCCGACGACUGUGGCCACGAUCUGACCAUGGUCCGUGUGGCGAACGAGCCGAGCGACUGUCCGCCAAAGCUCAGUCCAUCCGUGCUCAGACGCUACCGUGGUGACUCUUUUGAAGAGGAGACGGUAAUUCGUGAGCCGGCGCCGGAAUGGACUUUGCUCUUCAAGCAGCCAGCCGCAGAUUAUGUACGCUUCCGUGAGAACUUGGAAAGUGUAAGUUCUUUUUUUGAUUCUCAUGCCAUUGAAUACGUUCAGAACAAACUGUCGCUGGAGAAUGUGAUUCUGAACAACGAAGGGUACAAGGUGAUGGGAACCAUCAAAGUGGGGAACAUUGCCUUCGAAAAGUCGGUUUUCAUCCGCUACACUAUGAAUGGAUGGCUUUCCUACAUGGAUAAGGCGGCUUGCUAUCAACCUUCGACCAGCAAAGUCUACGACACUUUCAAGUUUGAAAUCGAUCUUCCUUCAUCUGUCGAGAAGGUAGCUCUGCUUUUUUGUUCAUCGAACAAAACCAUUUUACAUUUCAGAUUCACCAAAUCGAAUUCUGCGUCUGUUUCAAAGCGAACGACACAGAGUACUGGGACUCGAACGCGGGUACCAACUACGUUUUGCACUGCGCACAAAACCAACACGAAGUGCCCCAACAACAGCGUCGUGCUUCACUGUUCGGCAGGUUGGCACACCUCCGAGCCCCUCUUGUUGUAAACUUACCUUUUGCACUUUAGUUCGAAGUAUCUCGAUCGAGACGAUGCUUACAAACUUGACUACAACGAUUGGGGAAAGUUUGCGUCAUGGAAAGCACUGAGCACCGACGGACCGUACUGGUAG